ACCGGAUUAUUCUUAGAGGGAAUAUAUUAUACACUCUUCUCCUGCGGUAUCUGAUCGAUUUAGUUUACAGUUAAAGGUAUAUUUUUUCUAACAGGAAUAAACUGUAAAAGAAAUGAAAGCGUGGCGAGUUCGGUUUCUGUACUUUCUGGUGUUGAAUGCAGCUGUGCAGUAUGUGACGUCCCUGGAAGAGGAGCUCGUCGAUUCUAUUUUUGGUAACUUCCUCGACCCUCUGAAUGACUUGUUUGUCCACAAAGAUGACAGGAAUCAGACUGUUGCCAAAUUUUCCCUCCGAAAACCAUCCCAUCCCGAUGAUGACCUCUGCUACAUCGUUCCUGGUAAACCAGACUCCCUGGCAGCCUGCACCUUCAACAGCACCUCCAAAACCUUCCUAGUAAUCCAUGGAUGGACGUUGAGUGGUAUGUUUGAAAGCUGGGUGGCAAAGCUGGUGUCAGCUCUGUAUGAGAGAGAACAGACGGCUAACGUUAUCGUGGUGGACUGGCUCACCUCGGCCCAGAACCACUAUGUGGUUGCAGCUCAGAACACCAAAGCAGUGGGGCAGGAGAUUGCUCGCUUCAUCGACUGGAUCGAGGAAACCACCAACAUGCCUCUUGAGAACAUCCACCUGAUUGGCUACAGCCUCGGGGCGCACGUGGCAGGAUUUGCUGGAAGCCAUGCGACCAAUAAAGUUGGAAGAAUAACUGGUCUGGAUCCAGCCGGUCCUGACUUUGAGGGGGAGCAUGCCCACAGGCGCCUCUCCCCAGAUGACGCUUACUUUGUGGACGUCCUCCACACCUUCACACGGGGAUCCCUGGGUCUCAGCAUUGGGAUCCAGCAGCCUGUUGGUCAUGUGGACAUUUACCCCAAUGGAGGCAGCUUCCAACCCGGCUGCAAUCUCAGGGGGGCCCUGGAGAAGAUUGCUAACUUUGGGUUAUUUGCUAUCACUGAUGCAGUCAAAUGUGAACACGAGCGCUCGGUCCACCUGUUCAUCGACUCACUGCUCAACGAGCAGGAAGCGGCCAAGGCCUACAGAUGCGGCAGCAACGACAUGUUCAAUCGUGGCAUGUGUCUCAGCUGCCGCAAAAGCCGCUGCAACACUGUGGGCUACGACAUCAGCAAGGUGCGCAAGGCGCGCAAUGUCCAGAUGUACACCAAAACUCGAGCCUCCAUGCCUUUCAGAGUUUACCACUUUCAGCUGAAGAUCCACUUCUCCAGUAAGGUGAACCGUUCAGAGAUGGAGCCCACGAUCACUGUCUCGCUGUACGGAACAAAAGGAGAGGCCGAAAACCUGGAGCUUAAACUAAAGGAGAAGAUAGCGACAAAUAAGACACAUUCAUUCCUGCUGGUGACAGAGAAGGACAUCGGUGACCUGCUGAUGCUGAAGUUUAAAUGGGAGGACACAAACGGCUGGACGGCCUCUAACAUGUUGAAGAUGGUUUCCUCUUGGUGGUCCGGUGACUCAGACAGCGCUAACAUGGAGGUUCACAAAAUCCGCGUCCGAGCUGGCGAGACCCAGCAAAAGAUGGUGUUCUGUGUAAAAGACCCUGACACUCAGAGCUUAACACAGGAGGUCACGUUUGUUAAAUGUAAGGAUGCUUGGAGAACAAACCCCAAACGAACUCCAAAAAGAGUAACUCUGGAGAACCACUGACUUUGAAGAAAAGACCCAACUGUUGAAAGCCCUCUGGUCCAUUUCAGCACUUAAAUAAAGUAAAUAAUUUAUAACUUAUUUCUCACAUCAUACAAAACCCUCACCGCUUUGUGUACAUCCACAGAGGUUUGUUUAUUUAAAACAUUGUGUAUGUAAAUUACUGUGUAAUAUUUUGUAAAAAAAAAAAAAAGUUGUUUUUAUGACACAUAACUAUAACAUCAUUGUUGUAAAUGCCGUUGUCUUUGGUAGAGAUGGAUACUAUUCAAAGUCAUUUCAGACUCUCACAUGCUGAGAGGCCUGAUGAUUGGAUAUGCCUUAAUAGUUCUGGAGGUACAAUGUCCUAUUGUGUAAAAUACCUCAAGUUAAAUUUCAUAUUUAUUGCAAGUACUGUGAAGAAUAAUGUCCUGCGGAUUGUUUCCACUUCUCACAAAGAGGGGAAAAUAAGGUUAAAGGCGGAUUUCUUAAGAUGUUUUAUGCAAUAAGGUACAGUUUAUUUACCUUUAUAUAUUAUCCGACUAAUGCGAACAGAGCAUUCACCACUGUGGCUCUCAGCACUAUAUGUGACUGCGGGACCUGAAUCAGUGUGCCUUACUGUAAACGGUGGCUACAAGUGAGCUGUUGCAAAGUGAAAUCGGCUUAACUUAGCGCUUUGUUGCUGUUUUUUUUUCUACACCUGAGUUUUACUGUUUUGAGUUUUGCUUUCACAGCAUUUUAACUGCUACACCUCUGCAAGAUGACAUGUUACUCUAAAGCUGUUACCUCAAAGAAGCGUGUGGCGAUUUGUCUGCCAUUUUUCUGUUAAUGUGUCAAAACUUUACGAGGAGCGUGGUGCUCAGUGUGAGGUAGAAGGCACAGUUAAUCUCAGUGUUGUCACUUUGUUGUGCUGUCCUUGUUUCUUCCGUACUUGAGAUUUCUCAAAUGUUGACUCUUAUUCACAGAAACAUUUCCAGUCCUACGAGCACUAUCUAAACCUUGGCUCUUUAGAGAUCGGUACUGUAAUCAUUGUGACUUCAUCUCAGCCUACUUUAAAAAAGAGGAAAUGUUUCACUUUUGCACUGUAAACAGGAGAUGACAUUGCUAAACCACGUUACUUGUACAGUAAAUUUUAUGUAAAUACCAUAACACUGAUAAUAGUUUUUGUAGAAUGCAGCACUGCUAGUCAUAUAUUUUUUACCUCUGAAUGAACUUAAUCUGUAAAAUAUGCAUUUCUAUGAUCUGUUGUACAUAUUUGUAAAUAUUCACUGUGCUGUAUAAAUUCUUUAAUAAACCAAAACUGCCACCUUCA